AUGGACGAACUAGAUGAAGUGUCUGCUCAUCGUAGAGCAGCAGAAAGCGAUUUCUUUGUUGAUGGUGUCCUUACUGCCUCUCCUGCUUAUACCCCAGCAGCAGCAGCAGCAGCAGCAGCAGCAGCGGGGGCAGCAGCAGCAGCAACUGCAGGAGCAGCAGAGAAUGACGAUUUCCUCUCUGCGUUUCCUUGUGCUGUCCUUGAAGGGACACACACACAGCAGCAGCAAACUAAAAUAUUAACUAAUGCAGAUCAGCAGCAGCAGCAGCAGCAGCAGCAGCAGGAGCAACUGCAGGAGCAACAGCUGCAGCAGCAGCUGCAGGAGCUGCGGCUCAAACUGCAGGAAGAAGCAAAGAGGGGACUGCAGCACCAACUGCAGCAAGAAGCAGAGCAGCAACUGCAGCAGCAGCAGCAGCAGCAGCAACCGCAGGAAGUACACAUUCAAUGGCCACAAAAGGCUACUCUUAAUGGUAAUUCUCCUGUUGCUGCUGCUGCUGCUGCUGCUGCUGCUGCUGCUGCUGCUGAUCGGCAGCAGCAGCAGCAAAAGAGCGAGCACCAAUCCAAACCCUCUGCUGCUCAAUCAGGUAAUGGCAGUGUAUCAAAGCAGCAGCAGCAGCAAGGUCAGCAGCAGCAGCAGCAGCAGCAGCAGCAGCAGCAACAGCAGCUAUCUGAAUCCGUGCUGCAGGCAAUAGCAGCAAGAAAGCUGCAGCUGCUGCCGCUAAGGGAAUGGGAAGAUGAGCAUCGAGCAGGCAUGGAACAAUUCUUUAAGGCCAUUGGGCAUAGCAGUUUUACUAGUUGUACGAUCUCCACUGAUAUACUAGCAUCACCAGAAACAGCAGCAGCAACAGCAGCAACAGCAGCAGCAACAGCAGCAGCAGCAGCAACAACAGCAGCAGCAGCAGCAAGUGUUGUGUGUUGCAGGGUCGAGCUAAAGCUGAUAGAGAAGCAGCGAGGGUUUUUAGACACAGCAGAGGAUCCUUAUCUGGAUACUGGACAGGCAUGCAGCAGCAGCAGCAGCAGCAGCAGCAGCAGCUGCGGUGCCGCAGCAGCAGCGGCAGCUGCCAUAGUCUCUUUGUUACAGAAAGAGAAGAUGCAACAACAACAACAGCAACAGCAACAGCAGCAACAGCUGCACUGUCUGCUGCUGCCGCAACAGGUACAGCAGCAGCAGCAACAGCAGCAGCAGCAGCAGCAGCAGCUGCUGCUGCUGCUGCUGCUGCUGGCCAUAUGUCUCCUUCUAGCAGCACAGUGUUUAGCGGGAUGUCUCCUCGUGACGGGAUCGACUUCCCCCAUUGGGAGGAGCAGCACGCAGCACCCCACAGCAGCAGCAGCAGCAGCAGCAGCAGCAGCAGCAGCAGGAGAGAGGGAGACAGCAGCAAGAGAAGAGACUCUUGUACACCUCCUUGGUUAUCUACUGCAUAUGCACAAGUGCAUGCAGAUGAGGCAGAAGGACCUGCUGCAGCAACUGCUGCUGCUGCUGCUGUUGCUGCAGCAGAUGCAGCACCUACUGUUGCUGUUGCUGCUGCAGCACCCUUUGAUGCUGCUGGCAGCACAGUUGUCUUUGCUGCAGCAGACCAUAACGAUCAUAUCUGCAACAAUUGUUGCAGCAGCAGCUGCUGCUGCAACAGCAGCAGCACAUGGGGAGAGCAGCAGCAGCAGCAGCAGCAGCAGCAGCAGCAACUCAACAGGAUCCGUGGCUGGGGCGAAGGAGUCUCCUCCUCGCAACCAUCUGCUGCUGCUGCUGCUGCAGCAGGAGCAGCAGGAGCAGCAGGAAAAGGCCACACCCCCCCCACCACCACUACCAAUCACCAUCACCACCAGCAGCACCAACAGCAACAGCAGCAGCAGCAGCAGCAGCAGCAGAAUCUAUCUGCAUGCAGCUCGUGGCUAG